CAGUGCCAAAAAAGGCGAGCCACGCCUCGGCCUUCUCCCGGCAAGCUGUGCGGCUGCAGGCAGAGGACUGGCGGGAGCGUGGCCGAGAUGGCGUCUGCGGACGGCGUGGUCGAGGAAGCUGUUCCGGCUGCGCGGCGCAGCAGCGGGAGCAGAGGAGCCGCCCUCAACAGCCUUGUCGGCCGCUUGCCGCUCACGCCGGCGCUUUCCCCACGGAAAAGGACCACCAGCCAGUCGAAAACGGAGCCGCCGCUGCUUCGGACCAGCAAGCGCACCAUCUACACGGCUGGGCGGCCGCCCUGGUACAACGAGACUGGCACUCCUUUCAAAGAAGCCUUUGUCAUUGGCUUGUGUGGUGGCAGUGCGUCUGGCAAGACUACAGUGGCCAACAAAAUCAUUGAAGCACUAGAUGUGCCUUGGGUGGUGCUCCUCUCCAUGGAUAGCUUCUACAAGGUGCUGAACAAAGAACAGCAAGAGCAAGCUGCUUGUAAUGAAUACAACUUUGACCAUCCUGAUGCCUUUGAUUUUGACCUGCUCAUCAGUGUCCUACAGAAGCUGAAAGAGGGCAAGAGCGUUAAAGUUCCUGUUUACGAUUUUACCACACAUAGCCGAAGCAAGGAGUGGAAAACUAUCUAUGGGGCCAAUGUAAUUGUAUUUGAAGGUAUCAUGUCAUUUGCCAAUAAGGAGCUUCUACAGCUCCUGGACAUGAAAGUUUUUGUGGACACAGAUUCAGAUAUCCGGCUUGUGCGGCGGUUGAAGCGGGACAUCAUGGAACGUGGGCGGGACGUGGCAGGUGUCAUUAAGCAGUACAGCAAGUUUGUGAAGCCAGCCUUUGAGCAGUACAUUGAGCCUACAAUGCAGGCGGCAGACAUUGUGGUGCCUCGAGGUGGAGAGAACUUUGUGGCUCUGGACUUGAUUGUUCAGCAUGUUCAUAGCCAAUUGGAAAAGAGGAAGCUACGCUGGCAUAUAGCAGCCUUGGCCUCUGCUCAUCAGGGACAACCAUUGCCAACAACCUUAAGUGUCUUGGAGAGCACACCGCAGGUUCGGGGGAUGCACACUAUUAUCAGGAACAAGGACACCAGCAGGGAUGAAUUCAUAUUCUAUUCCAAGCGCCUCAUGCGGCUGCUGAUUGAACACGCCCUUUCCUUUCUACCACUCAAGCCAGUAACUGUAGAGACACCACAGGGGACAAUUUAUGAUGGAAAGAGAUUUCACAGGCAGCGGAUCACUGGAAUCUCCAUCCUGCGAGCAGGUGAGACCAUGGAGCAGGCUCUUACAGCUGUCUGCAAAGAUAUUCGCCUGGGAAAAAUUCUCAUCCAAACCAACCAUGACACAGGGGAACCUGAGCUGCAUUAUCUCAGGCUGCCCAAAGAGAUCAGUGAAGACUACGUCAUCCUGAUGGAUAGCACUGUGUCUACGGGAGCUGCUGCCAUGAUGGCCAUUCGGGUGCUAUUGGAUCAUGAUGUACAAGAGGAUAGGAUCUUCUUAUUGUCUCUGCUGAUGGCAGAGAUGGGAGUCCAUUCUGUGGCUUAUGCUUUUCCCCGUGUGCGUAUCAUCACCACAGCUGUGGACAAGAGAGUCAAUGAGGAAUUCCACAUCAUCCCUGGCAUUGGGAACUUUGGAGACCGUUAUUUUGGCACAGAUGCCACCAUCCCCUGGUAUGAGAAUGAUGACAUGGAUUGCUGACCUGAUUCUGCUGGACAAGGCUUUAUUUCUUGAAUAUUGGGUGUCUCUUCUUGGCUUGACUACAGGCAUAAUGCUAUUGCCCUGGUCCUUUCUUUUCAUAAGUACAAGCUUUACUAGACUUCUCAGCAGUGGUGCAAUUUUGAUAGCACUUCCUGCUAUAAUACCUAUAAAUACCUAUAACAGUAACGAAUGGAAACAUUGCUGCUGCUGCUGCUACUACUACCUUCCCAUUCACAGUCUCCUUCAUAUUUAUUGGUAUUUAUUGCGGCAUUUACUCCACUCUAGUACUGCUUCCCAUGCUUUCUUUUUUUUAAAAAAAAUGCAGUACCUUUAUUAUAAAAUAGUAUAAAGAAUAUAAGAAUUCGUUUGAAAUGUGACUUCACUGUGGGCAGCAGCAUCAUAGGCGCAAGCAGUGGAAGUGAGAUGAGGCGUUGUUCUGGGAGGCUUCCAAGGCGUCCGGCUCCAUUCUUCCUUCAGGGACCUUUCUCCUGGAUUUGACUUCAGGAGGCUCCACGAAAGGAUCUCUUUGGGUCACCUGGUUGCUUUCAUCCAGCUUCCAUGUGUAGCUUCAGCAGCAUCUUGUUCCCCUAUCAAGGAUGUUGUAAGAAAGUGUAUCCCUGCAAAUCCAUUGGAUUUUUUCACUGGCCCGGUGAGCUACUUGUGCCCUUUUAUAUGUGUUUCCUCACUGGCUGAUGUGCAAUGCAAGCAGGCUUCUGCACGUUGGCCUGGGGUUCCUCUCUAAAAUAAUUUGAUGCUGACUUAUUCAGGAUCCUGUGAUCGUUGACAGCUGUGUAUAAAUUGCACUUGUCCUCCCUAAUUCGUGACUGCACAAGCAUUUGGGACCAUAGUGUUGCUAUAAGGGACCUCAUGCUAGAGGCAAGUGCUCUAUGCCUAAAGUCAAUACUACUAUUAGUGAAAGCCAGAGCUACAUUUGCCUUCCAAACCAAAAGUGGCUACUGGCCUAACAUUAGGCCCCCAACCUGCAUUCCCUUAUCCUGAUCUGUUUUUCAGUACUGUACCCAGCUGACUUGUUUUUUUUUUUUAAAUGCCAUAAUAAAAGAUUUACAGCGCAA